CGCGCCCAUGUGCACAAGCAAAGUGGAAAAGCAAAGAAAAAAGUGUGAUUAAUUAAUAUAUCAGUGCAUCAGUGUAUUUAUAUUUUGUUGUUAAACAUGAAUCCUGAGAAGCUCAAAAAGUUACAAGAGUCUGUAAGAAUUGGGGGCAAGGGAACACCGAGGCGCAAGAAGAAGAUUGUUCAUCAGACGCCCGGAACAGAUGACAAAAAAUUGCAGUCAUCGUUGAAAAAAUUGGCCGUCAACACAAUUCCCGGCAUUGAGGAAGUCAAUAUGAUUAAAAAUGAUGGCAGUGUAAUCCAUUUCAACAAUCCAAAAGCUCAGGCUUCACUUGCAGCCAAUACCUUUGCCAUCACAGGACAUGGAGAGAACAAGCAGAUUGUUGACAUGCUGCCAGGAAUUCUAACUCAACUGGGUCCUGAAGGUCUCAAUCAUUUAAAGCGAUUGGCAAAUGAUGUAGUCUGCAAUGAGAAACUUCUUAACGAGGAGGACGAUGUCCCGGAGCUGGUAGAGAACUUUGAAGAAGUGGCUGACAAGGAGGCUGUCGCCGUAGAGAGUGUCACAAAGAAAACGGAACAAGUGACUGUCUCAUAGGUGCAAUUAAAUGCAUAUAAUUGUAUGUUUCUCGGAUGAAAUAGACAUCCACGGAUAGAACAAAAUUUCCUGAAAUAUUUGUAUAUAUCUCACGUGUGAGACAUCUUUUUAGCGAUUGGAUUAUGAUUACAUCGUAGAUCUUUCCAAAAAUUAAAUCAGUUAAUCUUCAGCAUUCCUUAAGUCAAAUAAUCUACUAAUAUUUAGAAACCACGGAUAUUUUAUGCUGUAUUGCCUUUUUAAAGUGAAAUAAAUUUCAACAUUUUUUUUCUGAUCAA